AUGACACUGUUAUCCACGUUUAACAAGCUGACCAUCCCGAAAGAAAACAAAUGGGUGAAGAAAGACAUGCGGCAUCAGUACACAACAAACUUGCCAGCUGAUCCUUGCAAUGUGAAAAUCAGCGUCACCGAGGCCCCCGAGCAUCCGUCCGCUUCACUCGCGAUGAACAAAUGCAAUGCUGCUGGAAAUACGCUGAAUGUGAGUGCGUCACCAAAAGCGCCUCAACUUGGUCUGCCCGCAAGCUUUUCUUCUGAAACCGGGCGAGAAGAAUGUGUACGGCAACAUCGACGACCAAUGCCAGGAGGAGGUGGAACAGUCCAGUCCGGGAGAGGCGGCUCUUGCUGGAGAACAGCAGACGGCUACACUGCUAACAGGGAAUACAGCAUACGCUGUUGCUAUCAGCAAGCUGCCGCCGGAGCAGGCACUGCUUUGCUACAGGUCUUCACCACAAGAGAGUAG